AUCGCCACUACACGGCCAAUUGGAGAAUUAUGGGAGGUCUGAAAGACAUCGUGUCGUGGCCAUGAAGGUUACACAAUCGCACAAAGGGUCUACAGCAGACCUAUUUAGGCCCCAGCAGGCCUCGAAACUCGAGCAUAAAGCAACACCAGACAGCUGAGAUUCACUGCAUUCAUCAUGGUCCAAUACUCCAAACCCGCCGAGCCAAUUCCUGAAACCCAGACCGUGGCUUUGGUCAACGAGCUGGGUGGUGACAUCGAGUUCCGCGAGGACUACCCCGUUCCCCUUCCCGGACAGAACGAGGUGCUCGCAAAAGUUCUCUACACGGGGGUCUGUCAUAGUGACCUCCAUACGAAGAGUGGCACCGCCGCAACCGCAGAUGACAAGCCGAGAAAACACAAACUCCCGCACGUCGGAGGCCAUGAGGGCGUCGGCCGGAUCGUUGCGCUCGGUCCUGGAUGCGGGUCCGACUUGCAGGUCGGGACCUUGGUCGGAAUUCGCUUCUCCAGUCGUAUCUGCAGGAGAUGUGAUUUCUGCUUAGCCGGGAUGGAGCAACAUUGUGUCAAGGGCACUAAUCAUCUGACUCACGAGGACGGUAGUUUCCAAGAGUACAUCGCGCUUGAUGCGGACUACCUGACAAUUCUGCCCGACGAUAUUGAUCCCAAGGUCAUGGGGCCGGUCCUUUGUGCCGGCGUGACCGCAUAUAAGGCCGUUUUGAAUGCCAACAUACGGGCAGGUAACUGGCUGGUGGUGGUAGGCGCUGGAGGCGGCCUCGGCCAUCUAGCAGUCCAAUAUGCAAAAGCACAGGGAGCUUUAGUCAUUGGAGUCGACGCCGGCGACAAAAGAGAAUUCGUGCUAUUUCUUGGGGCCAAUGAAUUCAUCGACUUCACCUCCACGGAUCCCACCCAACGAGUCCACGAGAUCACCGGCCUCGGCGCACACGCAGUGGUGGUGACGGCUGGCAGUGCAAAAGCCUUUGCGCAUGCAUGCGAGAUGCUGCGCGUUGGAGGUACGCUGAGCUGUGUCGGUAUACCACCUGGACGACCAGCCCUGGAAACCCCCAUCGCCACCAUUGUCAUCAAAGGUCUGAAGAUCACGGGCAGCUUGGUGGGUUCGCUUAAGGAAUGUAUGGAAGCAGUGGAUCUGGUUCGCCAUGGACUAGUCAACCCAGUCAUUAAAGUCCGUCCCUUUAGGGACCUGCCUCAGGUGUAUGAAGAGAUGGAAAGGGGCGAUAUUGCGGGAAGAAUUGUGCUUCAGGUUUCGGAGUACUGAAACAUCAAUGUUUCAUGAUGGUACCCUAGGCAUCAGUUUUGGACGAUAGUCUGCCAGGCGGUUAGGGGUAGUCCAAUUCAUCGAAAU